AUGCAGGAUUUAGUGAAUCUUGAGGAAAUUGUCUGCCUUCCAGGUGGCUACCGAGACGACCACGAAGGUAAGGGAAUGCAGUUUCAUGUGUUAGAUUUUCCAUCUUCCUUUUCAAGUAUGAAUGAUUCAGAAUUUUCCCUCCUGGAGAUGGAGUCGCAAAAUGAGACUGCUGGUCAGGAAAUGUUCGACAUCAUGGACAGUUUCACAUCGUUUCCGCAAGCCUCACCACGAGAACAUGAUUCCAUCCCUACUCCUGAUAAUCAUAUCUUUGAGUUUCAGACACUUAGAGACUUUGGAGAGUCCACUUUCUCACUGGAAAUAACCCCUACUUCUAGCCUAGCUCAGGAUAACGAAUAUAUCUAUUCUAAAGAUGACCAGAUUGAAGAGACUACAGCGAUGCUGGUCUCAAUGGCUAACGAAGAACCAAGAACGCUUUGCGAAUGGGAUUUGAUGACCGCAGAGGUUUCGAAGAUAGACUCGCCGGCAUUGUAUGAAUCACAAAAAGAAGACAGUCUAAGUGGAGGAUGUCACAAGGGCAGUAAGAAAACCAAGUACACAAAUCUGCAAAUUUCCUUCUACGAAACUAUCCCAGAGAAGCUAAACCAAUGGCUUAAUCAGCAUUUUUAUCCCUAUAUUCAGCCCAAUGGCAUCACAUAUGCCAGAUUUCACAAAAUGCCUGAAAACGAUGAAUAUAUCUACAAGCGAAACCCCAAAGCAGAGAUAUUCCUUCCUCCACGGUACUCAAACUCCAGUGCCAACUACUACGAGCCACUUGUUGUGAGAUAUAGGAAAUCACACCAGGAACGAGGUCAAGGAGACGGCGAGGGGCUGUGCCCAUAUUGCCAAUCUGACGAUUUGAGCGAGCUUUUUUUUGAAAGAAAAGACUCCAAUUAUCUCCACCAUGUCACUAAACUGCAUGGUGUCUAUUCUAACGGAAUGGAGAUGCCAUUUCCUCGAAUGAUUGGCGAAGCGUUGGAGAUCAAGCAUCUCAAAACUCGCGGGAGAACAGAGCGCAGGGUCCAUAGCGUCGAGUGCGAGAAAUGUCACGAAACUGUGAAGAUCCAGCAGCUGGACUGCGACAAAGAAGGAAACAAGUUUCUGGCAUAUUUCCGUCACAUGCUGGUUCACAACGAAAAGAAAAAUGUGGGCAAGCGCUCUUCGAAAUUUAGUUUAUUCAAUUAA